AAAUGUACACAAAAUAGUUUCUAAUGUCGCACUUUUGCGUGGAUUCUUUCGUUGCGGAACCUUUGAUUGGGCUCGUUUGCCUGGGAAGAAUUUAAUCGAAACACAGGCAGCUGAUGCAAGUUGAAUGAGUGAGCUGUCAACUGAAUGUGAAGAAUAUUUUACGUGUGAAGACGAUGGCAGACUGUCAAGAAGUGGAAGGAGCCAAGAGUCCUAUGGAGCUGUACGAGAAGCUGAAUGCACAAGGAGAAAAAGUCAGGUCGUUGAAAACGGCUAAAGCAGAGAAAGCUGAAAUCGAUGCUGCCGUCCAGCAGCUUCUGAAGUUGAAACUGGACUACAAACAGAUUACAGGUCAGGAUUAUAAAGCAGGAUGUCCGCCUUCAGAAAACUUGGUUGCCCCCGACAAUGGCCCAGCAGCAGAUGGCGCUGGUGACGAAGACACAGUUGACCCGUGGAAUGUUUCUACCACCAAUGCCAAAGGAGUAGAUUAUGACAAACUCAUAGUGAGGUUCGGCAGCAGUAAAAUUGACAAGGAACUGGUGGACAGAAUAGAAAAAGUUUCGGGACAGACACCUCAUCGCUUUCUACGGAGAGGAAUCUUCUUCUCACACAGAGACAUGCAUCAGGUACUGGAUGCCUAUGAGAAACACAAGUCCUUCUACCUUUACACGGGCAGAGGUCCGUCCUCCCAGGCCAUGCACGUUGGUCACCUCAUCCCCUUCAUCUUCACCAAGUGGCUUCAGGAUGUGUUUGACAUCCCUCUGGUGAUUCAGUUGACUGAUGAUGAGAAAUACCUGUGGAAGGAUCUAACACUUGAAGAAUGUCACCAGUUCGCCGUGGAAAAUGCCAGGGACAUCAUCGCAUGUGGCUUUGAUGUCAACAAGACCUUCAUCUUCUCUGACCUCGACUACAUGGGUGCAUCUCCUGAAUUCUACAGAAACGUGGUAAAGAUCCAGAAGCAUGUGACAUUUAACCAGGUUAAAGGCAUCUUCGGCUUCACAGACAGCGACUGCAUUGGAAAGAUCAGCUUCCCAGCCAUCCAGGCAGCCCCAUCCUUCAGUAACUCUUUCCCACAGAUCUUUGGCGCCAAAAAGGACAUACAGUGUCUCAUCCCCUGCGCCAUAGACCAGGACCCCUACUUCAGGAUGACCCGCGAUGUUGCUCCAAGGAUCGGCUAUCCAAAGCCAGCCCUGCUGCACUCCACCUUCUUCCCCGCCCUGCAGGGGGCACAGACCAAGAUGAGCGCCAGUGACGCCAACUCGUCCAUCUUCCUCACUGACACGCCCAAGCAGAUCAAAAAUAAGGUCAACAAACACGCUUUCUCGGGGGGAAAAGACACAGUGGAAGAGCACAGGAAGUACGGCGGUAACCCAGAUGUAGACGUCUCAUUCAUGUACCUGACCUUCUUCCUGGAGGAUGAUGAACAACUGGAGAAGAUCAGACAGGACUACGCAAGUGGAGCUCUCCUAACAGGAGAACUGAAGAAGAUGUUGAUUGAGACUCUGCAGCCGAUGAUUGCCCAGCAUCAAGAGAAGCGCAAACAAGUCACAGACGAGAUGGUGCGGCAGUUCAUGACACCCAGGCCUUUAAAUUUUAAAUUCUAGCUCACUUCAGCGCCAGAGACACCACACCAUUUUAAGUCUUUGUCAAUGAGAAGAUGGACAUUUACAGUUUACCUCAGAACUGGAGACAAAUGGAAAUGUUAAUGUUACUCCUCCUGCUAAUUGAUUGUCUUGCUACGUGUCAGCUUCACACUGCAUCAAAUGCACAUGUUAAUCUUCAUGAGGUCUUUGCAUCUACAGUUCUGUCAACAGCGGAAGUCCAAUAAAGCAGAGUACAAAUGAGUAUUCUGACAGAACCUGCUCAAUGACAGACAUCAACACCACCACUGUACGCAUCCACUUCAUCCAUCCGAAUCUUGAUUUACUUGUUAGAAGCUGACUUCUUAACUGCAUCUAUCAAAAUCAGCUCUGUCCUAUACGGUGUUAAACAUGGGCAUAGUGAGGUAGCGUGAAUUAUAUUACAAAACAACCAUGUGAGGGUAUGUACAUUGCUCAAGGGAACUAAAUCAAACAAAUCUAAAUCCAGGGAACUUGUCUAAAUGAGUGAUUCAGCUUCAAAAACAUUAAACUAUGCUUGAAUAGCGCACAAAA